AUGUCACAGUAUGACCAGCUGGAUGACAAAGAUUCUGUGGACAUCCAUGACAACCCUCCUGCUGCAGACAAUGUGGUGAAGGAGGAUAACAACACAGUCUACUUCAUCUAUGAUGAAGAGAUAGAAGUGGAAGAGAAAGAGGAGCCCCCUCCCCCUGAGCCAGUCAAGCCUGUCAAUGAUAAACCACACAAAUUUAAGGACCACUACUGCAAGAAGCCCAAAUUCUGUGAUGUGUGUGCUCGCAUGAUCGUUCUCAAUAAUAAAUUUGCACUGAGGUGUAAAAACUGCAAGACCAGUAUUCAUCAUCAGUGUCAGAGCUACGUAGAGUUCCAGCGAUGCUUUGGAAAAAUCCCUCCAGGCUUUAGACGGGCGUACAGCUCUCCUCUCUACAGCAGUCAGCAGAAUGCCACUGUUAAAGAGCUGCUUCCCUUCUCCCAGUCUAACCGCACUGACCCAGUGUUUGAGACACUCCGUAUUGGGGUCAUCAUGGCCAACAAGGAAAGAAAGAAAGGCUCAGAGGAUAAGAAACAAAUGAUGAUGAUGGAGGAAGAGGAAUCACAGCCUAAAGCUGGGGAAGGAGCAGGAGAGGAAGUGAACAAAGAGACAGAAAAGAAAGGGGAUAAAGCAGCAGCUGAAGAUAAGAUGAAGAGGCCUCAGCCAGGUAAACUGGGGGUCUUCUCUCAGUCACACUACUACUUGGCCCUGUACCGUUUUAAAGCAAUCGAAAAAGACGACCUGGAGCUGCAUCCAGGGGAUCGAAUUACAGUGAUAGAUGAUUCCAAUGAGGAGUGGUGGAGAGGUAAGAUUGGUGAGAGAUCUGGCUUCUUGCCAGCAAACUACAUCAUACGCGUCCGCUCGGGGGAGAGAGUGUACAAGGUAACACGCUCCUUUGUGGGGAACCGUGAGAUGGGCCAAAUCACGCUGAAGAAAGACCAGAUUGUGGUGAAGAAAGGAGAUGAGGUAAAUGGCUAUCUGAAGGUCAGCACUGGACGCAAGCUUGGCUUUUUCCCUGCAGAUAUCCUCCAGGAGAUCUGAGGGCAAGAGUGUGUGCACAUUUUUGUUCAUGUGUAAAACGAGUCAAAUCUGUUUCUUUUCUACCUUCACUAAAUUACUCUACUCUGUACUACAUUUGAUUUGCUUAGAAAUGGUUUAAAUUCAACAAAGGGCUAAUAAACUGUUCAUUAUCA